AUGCGCUCUUUGAUAAACAUAUCAAGAAUAUCUUUAAAUAACUCACUUAAGAAAAAUAGUUUUACAUCUUAAGUUUUAAGGGUUGAAAAAUUAGCAAACAUUUAAUCUAACUCAUAAAAUUAGUCAAAUGAUAAUCUGAAAAAGUUAAAAUAAUUUAUGGAAUAUCACAAGUUUAGUAAAGCAAUUAAGGAGAUAGAUAGACUAGCUUAAGAAAAAGUUGACAUUCCUAUUCAAAACAUAUUGGAGUAAUUAGUGAGAAAUGAAGAAUUUGAAUUGACAAAUAAACUCUAUGAUAUUCUUUAAAAAUAAGAAAUUAAAUUGAGUGAUAUUUCAUAUAAUUAUCUUAUAGAUGCUAAUUUAAAAUUUAAAAAUAACCUUAAUGCUCUCAAUAUUGCAAUUCACGCUUACUUAGCAGGAGUUGUUUUAGAUAUCGAAGCUUAUAGAGGAUUAUUUAGUUCGAUUCCUCCUGAUAUGGAUAAUUCUUUUAGAUAAGUCCUUUAUAAAAUGUAUAAAUAAAAUUUUAAUCUCAGUACAAAAAUCCUCUACGAUCUUGUCAUUUUGGCCAAUGCUACUAAAGAUUAUGAGCUUUUAGCUGAACUCGAAGAGGACACAAUGAAACAAGGGUUAAAAAUGCCUGAAAAUUUAAAUAAAAUGAUAAAUCGCGAGGCAGCAGCUACUAAGAAAAAGUAAAAAUCAUCAGAAAAUGAACCAGCUGAAAAUAAAGAAGUUAAAAAGUAAGAAGAAGUUUAAGAAGUAUUAUAGUAGUAAAACGAAAAACAAUACGGAUACUAACCUGUUUUUUCUUAUGAUGAUAUAAUUCCUGCAGAAUAAAACUCUAAUGUUGGAAAAUAUGGCUUUAACUAAAAUUCUGUUUUUAACUAUUAAAAUAUGGACCUAGCAGGUAAUGAUAUUCUUCGUUUUUUGAAGAAAGGCUAGCAAAAGGGAAUAUUUAGUUCUAAAUAAGCUCCUAUGAUUUUUGUUAUAAAGUAGCAAGGAUUAUCUGAUUAUGAUGAUAUGGAAGUUUCUGAUGAAGAAUAUAGUAGUGAUAUAGGAUAUGAGGGAGAAGGAUUGAAUUCUUAUAGUGAUGAAGAUAGUGAUUGA